AUGUCAUUCCGCAAGAGGAAUAUAGGACUCUCAUCUGGUGGUCCCCGCGACCCUUCUGCUAAUGCGCAACCGCCAGCUCAGCAGGUCAAGCCAGCAGAAUCUACCCCCGGACUGCGCCCCUCCCCCAUCGAUGGCCGCCAGAUCACGUCCACAGGCACCCCUACGCUGGAUAGCUUGCUGGCCGGCCAUGCGGGCUUAGCUCUGGGAAGCUCGCUACUGAUUGAGGAGAGUGGCACAACUGAUUUCGCUGGAGCGUUGCUGAGAUAUUAUGCCGCAGAGGGAGUUGUCCAGGAACAUCGAGUUCACGUCGUGGGGUUUGAGAGACAGUGGGCAGCAACCCUUCCUGGACUUAUCGGAGCUGCAGAAGCAUCUGAGAGUAGCCCCAGCAGGAAUAAAGAGGAUAAAAUGAAGAUUGCCUGGAGGUAUGAACGGUUAGGGGGCUUCGGGUUUGGGAUUGCUGGCUCCAGAGUACCAGCGGCGACUACCGAAACCGCUGGUGAUACCCAGCAAGCAUCUCAGGGCAAUGCGCCAAAUGUCUUUUGCCAUGCAUUCGACCUCACGAAGCGCCUCACACACCCAUCUAUACAGACUAUGAAUUUCAUACCACUCGCCAAGCCGAACGCCAGUACGGAUUCGCCCUAUUCCUCUAUAACUAAACAGCUGGCCGAAGCCAUAGAAAGCUCCUCAUCCAAUACCAUUCACAGGUUAAUUGUACCGUCGCUGCUAUCACCCGCUCUAUAUACAACUCACGCGAGCCAACCUGAACAUGUCCUGCAAUUCCUACACGGCAUCCGCGCCCUUCUAUCCACCUAUUCAAGCCGACUAACGGCAAUGAUAACACUUCCAAUAUCACUCUAUCCUCGAUCCUCAGGGCUGGUCCGGUGGAUGGAGCUGCUCUCUGAUGGAGUGAUGGAACUGGCCCCGUUCCCACAUACUCUCGAUCCAAGCUCAUUGGCAAGCUCCGGGGCAGCAACUAGCCAAGAAGAGCCACCACAAGGGAUGCUCAAGGUGCACCGUCUCCCGGUCCUGCACGAACGUGGUGGCGGCAUGGACAAAAAUGUAGGCGAGGACUGGGCAUUCACGCUAAGCAGAAGGAAGUUUGCGAUCAAACCCUUCUCAUUGCCUCCUAUAGACGGAGACAAUGAUGCUCAGCAACAGGAUGUCUCUUCUGCGCCUAAAAAGGAAGAUCUGGAGUUCUAA